AUGCAGCUUGUCGAGCUAUGCGGGUUGUGGCCCGUCAUCUUAGUUUAUGGGGUGAUGGUAGCCCUGAGUACUGCCAUAGAAACCAGCGAGGCAAUCAACGGAGGAGAAACUUUGGCCCCCGAGUCUGCAGUAUCCACUCUAGAGACAUCAGAUGCUAUGGCAUCAGACGUGCCCAAGUUCAAUACGGCCGCCAUUACAGACCCGCGGCCAUAUGCUGGCGACUUUCCCGUCUGUACCGAGUUUGAUCAACCAUAUUCGCCAUUCUGCUUGCCCAAGGACGGAAGCAAUGUUACGGUUGACUCGACAUACUACGUGACUUGGAAUCCUGAUUAUUAUCCUGUCAAUGCAACCAUUACGAUCGAGCUGCGAUAUUGCACUCCCCUGGAGGGCGAUUCUGCCUUCACGUCGGACAGAACAGAGAACAGCUACGGAUAUAUCCCUCUGAAGAUGCGUCAAGAAUGGCUGCAAGGGAAGGCUCGAAACAAUUUGACGUUGUAUAUCAUUGAAAACGAACCGACUUCGAAUCAGCGAGCGAGUUAUCGACAGGGGCCAAGAGUUCAGCUCACGCAUAGACGCAUAGAGCAUUACAAGCCUCCGCCUCAGACUCCGUACAAUAAAUUGGGACUCAUCCUCGGUCUGCCAAUCAGUGUGAGUGCUGUUCUUCUCGUCAUCGCUGGUUUAUACUUUGGCAUGCGCAAGAACCGGACAAUUGGACUGGGUAAUGUUAUGGGCCCAGGGAACCGUGGAUAUGGCAUCCGCCAGUCUAAGAUCCAGCGCCUUGGUCGCAGAAGAGUUGCCGUCAACAUGGGCGAGUUCGAGAAUCCUAGAAAGUACCGGGAUGACCCUGAAGGAAGGGUCGAGUCGAUCGACGGCGAUCUGUACAACCAGAUGGAGCGCACUCGCGGUCGCGUCUUCACCCACCAGGUGUCCAAGCUGAAGAGCUGGAGUGAGUGA